UGAUAGUACUGCAUCGACAUCGUAGCGUUUUCCAGUAAUUUCUAUGGAGCGGGGGGUGAGAAGCCCGAUGGCUCCAGGAGAAACCGAGAAAGAGUGAAUGUUGUACAUGAGAAGAAGAAGGUGAGCGUGAAAGGGAGGUCAGAGCGCGCGCGCGCGAGAGAGUCAACGAAACAAAUGCGGCUACGAAAGGAACAUUUUUUCUUUUCGUAGACGAGAUAUAGGUGGUUAGGAGAGAAUAGUAGUUCCGCAAGCUUAUAUAUAUACUGGAAGGUGUACUGAGCGAACGAGCAUUCCUAAAGGGGCCCGUUGAUCGGUGGUUUAUCAUGAUUCUAAACGUACAUACGUCAAGGGAAUUAUAUAUACGCCGUUAUUAUUAUAUUAUUAUUACUAUAUUAUAUAGUGUAUAUAUAAUUUCCCAAUGAGCUGUGCGAAUACAUUCCACCCGUUGAGACACGUGUGCGCACACACGCGAGAAAGAGAAAGAAUAACGCGAACGUUUAGUAUCGUUAUCGGUGUCUGACGAAAUCAGACAGCGACGACCCUUCGAGCGCUGAACACACCCAGCCGAAACGUUUCCGUGUGGGGAUCGAGUGUCGUUCGCGUUCGUCCGAAGAUCGAUGUGAAUUCUGUAGAUUCGUACGAUUAAUUACGUUGCAAUCGACGCGCCGACGAUCGGAGCGUUGUUCGAAUGACUUGAAACAUACGCGAUUAUAAGAGAACCGAUAUCUCAUCGAAAUAUUUAGUUGCGUAGGUAGCUAUUUCAAUAUUUCCCUCGACUGCGAACGGUUAAACUCGUAGGAGAAAUUCGGGGAACGCGUACACGCGCGGCCGCGGCGCUCGAAGGGUCGACGGGACAUCUGUUUCUCGGCGAACGUACUGGCACAGUUCAAUGGUAAAAAAGAAAAGCGCUGGAACACUUGAUAUAGCCGGUUGAAAAUGCAUGCAUCCGUAUUAUUGUAAAAUUUCCCGUGCCCACGUGGCGGUUCGAACUCGCGCGAGGAACACAACGGUUGAGGAUACACGCGUGUACACGCAUAUACGUGUGAGCACACUCGGUCGUGUGCGGGGUAUGCGUGUACACGCGUGUACGCGCACGCGUUAUAUAAAUAAAUGUAUAUGUAUAUGGCGUAAUUACUAACCUAGCGUACCCGUGUCGCACUCCAUAUUUCAUUUUUCGUACUCUUUACUGUGUAUCUUUGAUUUCGACUCAGGGCGCUGAAGCAGUUACGUAUCCUUUGUUAAAAGUAUUAAAUAAUUAAACGAUUAAACUAUAUGUGUGUGUAUGUAUGUAUAUAUAUAUACACAUAUAUAGGUAUGCACGUACUAUAGAUACAUACACAUAUACAUAUAUAUACAUACACACGUACAUAUAUAUACGUACACACAUGCAUGCAUACAUAUAUACAUACGUACAUACAUAUAUAUACAUAUAUACAUACGUACAUACAUAUAUAUACAUAUAUACAUAAGUACAUACAUACAUUUAUAUAUACAUAUAUAUAGGAAGGGGAUGAAGAGCGAGUGCAUGCGUGGAGAUGUGUGUAUGCGUAUGAGAACGGGGUCUGUGCGCGAGUGAACGAGCGAAGAAUGCGGAAUGUUAGCCGGUCUCGCUAAUAUUCUUUAUCCGUAUACCGUUCCGAUUCGUCUUAAGUAGGUAAUCGAAUGAACUAUCUAUGCGAGUUAAGGUUUAUGAUACUCAUAUUAAUUAUUAUGAAUGUAACACACCGCGAGUCUACAAUUCAGUAUGGUACUAUUAAACAUAGUCAAUAAUUCCCCCAUCGAAGGUUCUAAUUCGGGACUCGUUCUCGUCCUUCUCGCUGAUGCAACGCGUGCGACCACACACCUCCGCGAACAAUCGUUAUUAUUCUCGCCGGUCCCCCGGGGUGUGUGUCGGGUUUGGGAAUCCCCCGUGGGGCCGGCGAUCCGAGAUAUAUAUAUAUGUAUAUCAUUACCGACGCGUUGUACUUUGUUUUCAGCGGUGUUUGCGCCCCGUGUACUUUGUGUCCGCGAGAGUAGGUCGUGUACAGACGCAGGGGGAAGAGCCUAGGGGAACCGGAAGUUGAGAGGACGUCGUUGCGAUCUCGCGUGAGAGGGGUUUCUCUUGUAUUUUCGAUUUCUCGCGAAUGAACCGUUGAAAAGGUGUGUCGUCUGAAACAAUCGUGUCAAACGCCGAAGAACAGCUGCGUGUCUCGUGUAUCACUCGUCCUUUGUGUAACCGGAGAUAAAGAGGAGGAAUUAUUUAUUGCUAGGUAUCGCGGUUAUCGCGUUACACUGUCUUAUUCGAUUUGAUUACAAAGUAGAGAAGUCGGUACAUAUCUACACAACGUAUACUCCUCCUCCGUCAGCGCCGGAAGUGAUUACAGAGCAAAUUGGUCUCACCGGUAACCCGGUGUUUUAAUAAUAAUCAGAAGAACAAUCCCAGUGGGCUAUUUCACGUUCGUGGUACCUUUCAAGGAUCACAGUUUUCUUAUUUCUUGAAAAUGUGAAUUGAGACAACGAUGGAAACUAUGAAACGUAAUAGAAUUAGAGUCGACGAAUAAAUGUAACGCUGAAAAGAAUUCGUUCAACCGGUUUUUCUGACGCUCACCGUUGAGACAGAUCGAGACAUGUUCAUCGGAGGUCGCAACGCUGAUGGUUCGAGCGGCGAGAGACACGCGAAUAGAAGUGGCAUGUAAAAAGCUGCUGGACCAUGGGGAUUCAGGGGUGCGCGAGCUAACUUAAUUAGAUUGUCAGGGAUCGAAUGUGGGAAACACGUAUUUUUCCUCUGACAGUGAUUGAAUAUUUUUUAAAUUGAAAUACAGCAUCGGCGAUACACCGAUCAACCGAUUGUAUAGGUUAUUUAUCACUCUCCACGCAUACGAUGUAGUAUACAAGAACAGAUUUUUACCUGUUUAAAGAUUCGCCAGCCCUGACCUCCCAAAUGGUCCAAGGUUACAACUCACUUAGCUUAGAGGUCCUUGUACAAUACACACUUCUAGGACUUGGCGAGAACAACGGCCAUAGGAGACUACUAGAUCAUAACUCACGUUCAAUUAACGUCUAUGGAUCACGCGAGAAACUGGUCACCACUAAGUUUCAAACUAAAACCGCUUGAUCUGCUCGGUUUUCUCGUUACUGUAUCCAAUGGAAACUGCUCGUCCUUGCUGCUCAGAGGAGGCACGCUAAAAUUGAUAACAGAAUAUUAUAGUAUAAAUUAAGGCUUCGGCUAAUGAUCCAAUUCGACGAAUUCGUAACAGAGCUUUCCAAUUUCAUUUUCUACAACUUAGCAUCAGCUCUGAGUAACAACCUCUAAAAGGAAGACGCAAUUUUCUCAGUGUAAUUAUCUAUGUGUACAUAUAUAUAUAUUCUUUUCUCAAUGAUAGCGCGAAGUAAUGAAACUUCGGGAUUUAAAAUCAACUGAGGUCAUCAACGGAGUUAAUACAUAUCGCGUCAGAGAAAAAAGAAUGGAAUGAUUAUGUAACCCUGGAGCCUCGUUGAUUCGAGCUGUAUUUUAAAUGCUGCUAUCGAUGAACAGAGAAAUAUUGUUUCCUCGGGCACGAGAACGAGCGGUAUAAAUGAUUUUCCCGUCGCGUUUCAUUCGCUGUUCUUUUAAGUAUUAGCGACACGUUCGUUGAACGUCGAUGAAUGUCGAACGGCGUGUCGUCGUCGAGCGCGCGUUCAGAACGAAAUUCCAAAGCUGUAAACUUAUUGGUGAUCGAACGUAAACAGGACAAUAUUACAUAUACAUAUAUAUAUAUAUAUACAUAUUAUAUAUAAACGCAUAUUUUAUUGAGAAUCAUAGGACAGUAGUGAUCUGUGUAUCUCUCCCUUGUAAAUUAGCGAAAAGACGGCACGAUUGUUCGGAACGAAGGAAGAGUAACGAAACGUUAUAUCGGAUCUUUCGUGAACCACGCCGUUAACACGUUCACAGCCGCGUGGCAGGCUCGCCGUUUACUUUUGUACGAUCGAACGAACAUUUUGUCAGCCGUCGAACACGUCAGAAGCUCUCGUAGACGCACGUCGGUCGGAACGAAAUUCGAAACCCGGCGAGCACACACGCAACCGUACUUGAAUUUCAUUUCGCAGCGAUUCCCGAAGAAGCGAAAGAAGACCGAGGACAAGGGAGAGACGGACGGCGCACGGUACAGAAGUCGAAGAAGCCGGACGAGACUGCGACGGUGAACGGUAGCAGCUGACGCUGUUGCAUGCGAGAAAAUUGUUGCAACCCGAAGACAUUACAGUGUCAUCAAACAAGCAGCGCGCGAGUCCACCGACAAUGCCCUGUGCGUGAUGCAAAGUAGUGGGGGAUGACGAUGCAGGAGUACAACAGUGGCGGUAACCAGUUUCAAUGAGUUAUUGCCGUACCAUCGGCUGGGCUAGUCAUUUUACUAGCUGACAGCGUCGUCUAUUUGUUAUCAGCGGUUAUUAUCUAGUUAAAAGAAUUUUUAUCGUACUCGAGUGUCUAGUAGAUAGCUUGUCUUAACGCGUCGUUUCAAGGAUGCAUUGCGCCAAAAAACGUGUCGGCGAUGUUAAAUCCAGCAUGGAAUUCACCAUCAAUGGAGUCCCUUACACAGUCGAUGGGGAUAUAUUACCUGGGACGUCCCUCAAUGUAUUCAUCAGGGACCACGCGAAGCUACGUGGUACCAAAGCCAUGUGUCACGAGGGUGGCUGUGGUGCCUGCGUCGUGUCCGUGACAGUAAAGGGCGUGACCAUGUCCGUGAACUCGUGUUUGGUACCAGUUUUGAUUUGUAACGGCUGGGCGAUCAAAACAAUCGAGGGGAUAGGUAAUAAAAGGACCGGCUACCACGUGCUGCAGGCCUCUCUAGCAGAGAAGAAUGGUUCCCAGUGUGGCUAUUGUUCUCCAGGCAUGGUCAUGAAUAUGUACAGUCUGUUGCAGGACAAGAAGCUCACUAUGAAGGAGAUAGAGAAUUCAUUCGGUAGUAAUAUCUGUCGGUGUACGGGCUACAGGCCAAUCUUGGAUACGUUCAAAGGCUUCGCUGUUGACGCCACCGCAGAGCUCGCGAAAAACAUCCGUGACAUCGAGGAGCUGUAUAAGAUGAAGAUCUGCAAGAAGACCGGUGCUCCGUGUCAAAACGGCUACAACGGGUGCAGCAGAGUCCAACAGGCAACCGACAAGGAAAUUGACAUGAAAGUGGGCGACUCGACGUUUCACAAAGUACUCUCAGUGGACAGUUUGUUCGAGGUGUUUCAGAGGAAUCCUAAUUCGAGCUAUGUUUUGCACGGCGGCAAUACCGCCCAUGGUGUUUACCGGUUAAAAGUCCCUGACAUGUACAUCGAUAUAAACGACAUUCCCGAUUUGCGCCACAUAAGCAAAACCGAUGAUUCUUUAACCAUUGGCGGCAACCUCUCUCUCACGGCGGUCAUGGAAACUUUCAAUCAGUACUCGAAGGAGCCAAACUUCGAAUACCUGAAACACCUGGCUGAUCAUAUUGAUUUAAUCGCAAGCGUGCCAGUUAGAAAUGUCGGCACGUUAGCCGGAAACUUGAUGAUCAAGCAUCAGUAUCACGAGUUCCCCUCGGAUCUCUUCUUGAUGCUCGAAACCGCAGGCGCGCAAUUACACAUCGUGGAAGCCGGUGGCAAGAAGACGAUCAUGAAUUACUUGGACUUCUUGGAGAUGGAUAUGAAACACAAAAUUAUAUACAGCACAGUGUUGCCAGCACUUGGCAGCGAAUAUAAAUACAGAUCUUUUAAGAUUAUGCCACGAGCACAAAACGCCCAUGCCCACGUGAACGCUGGUUUUCUACUUAAACUGGACGGAACUGGGAAAGUCCUGGAGAAACCGAACAUCAUAUUUGGCGGUAUACACAAAGACUUCUUGCACGCAACGGAAACUGAGAAUUUCUUGAUCGGCAAGUCUGUCUUCAACAGAGAUGUCGUCAAGCAAGCCAUCAAGAAGUUGGACAGCGAAUUGAACCCUGAACACGUGUUGCCCGAUUAUUCCCCGCAGUUCAGGAAGACCCUCGCGGAAGGACUUUUCUACAAGUUCAUCGUGGGCUUGAAACCGGAAAACGUGGAUCCAAAGUUGCGCAGCGCAGGCCCACUUUUGGAGCGUGGACUGUCAUCAGGGAAACAGGACUACAACACGGAUAAGAAUCUCUGGCCUUUGACUCAGCCUCUACCGAAAAUCGAAUCUGCUUAUCAAACUUCCGGCGAGGCGCAGUACGUGAACGACAUACCGCCAAUACCGAACGAAGUUUUCUGCGCGUUCGUCCUCUCCACUGUGCCCAACGGAAAAGUUGGAAGCAUCGAUUCCUCCGAAGCGUUGAAAAUGAAAGGAGUCGUGGCAUUCUUCUCGGCGAGAGACAUUCCUGGUAAAAACCUGUUUAUUAGUAAGGACAGCAAGGAACCGAUGCUGUUCAGCGAUGAAGUUCUGUUCGCUGACGAGAAAGUAGAAUUCGCCGGGCAGCCGGUCGGUAUCAUCGUUGCUACGAGCCAGAGAAUUGCAAACGAGGCAGCGGAGAAGGUUCGAGUUUCUUACGUCGACGUUCGUCAGGACAAAGCAGUGUUCUCCAUAGAACAAGUCCUCGCGUCGAACGACGACACGAGGAUAAUGCAGACAGCGACUCAUGCUGCCAAAAGCAAAGGAAACGACACGAAGCACGUGAUAAAAGGAGUGUUCCGUACCGGCGGCCAGUAUCAUUACACCAUGGAGCCACAGUCUUGCGUUUGCGUGCCGAUCGAGGACGGUCUAGACGUCUAUCCGGCAACGCAGUGGAUAGAUCUCGCCCAAACGGCCAUAUCCGAAUGUCUCGACGUGCCCAGUAACAGUAUAAACAUCAACGUGAGACGUUUGGGCGGUGGGUACGGUGGAAAGUUGUCUCGCACCACUCAGGUUGUCUGUGCGUGCGCGUUGGUCAGCUACAAGUUGAACCGGCCGGCACGUUUGAUAAUGUCCAUAGAGAGCAACAUGAAAGCCAUAGGCAAGCGGUUCGACACUCGCCAGGAGUACGAGGUCGGCGUGGACGACAACGGACGUAUUCAGUACUUAAACUCGAAGAGCUGGGGUAACGCUGGUUCCAGCUUUAACGAGCCUCACGCUUUCCUCACGCUGGAACACAUGGAGAGCGGUUACGAUACCAGCACUUGGACCUGCUACGGCUACGAAGCCAGAACCGAUUUGCCGUCCAACACUUACUGUCGAGCGCCAAGUUCAACGGAAGGUGUUGGCAUGAUCGAGAACAUAAUGGAGCAUAUCGCGAGGGUCGUUGGAAAGGACCCGGUGGAGGUGAGGCUGUUGAACAUGGAUCCGGAUCAGAAGACCGUCUUGCAGCCUAUGAUAGAAGAGCUGUCCAGGAGCGCGGACUACGACGCGAGGAAGAGGGCCGUCGAGACGUUCAACAACGAAAAUCGAUGGAAGAAAAAGGGGAUAGCUUUAGUGCCUAUGCUGUACCCUUUCAUGUUCUGGGGACAGUUCCACGCGCAUGUCGCUAUUUACGCCCACGACGGUACCGUUUCUGUCACGCAUGGUGGCGUCGAGUGCGGUCAGGGUAUUAACACCAAGGUGGCUCAAAUGGCGGCGCACACGUUGGGAAUCGAUUUGUCACUGGUGACUGUCAAGCCGAACAAUAAUUUGACAGCCCCGAAUAACAGCGUUACCGGUGGCAGCGUAACCAGCGACGCCUGUUCAUAUGCAACUAUGGUAGCUUGCCAAGAGCUUCUGAGAAGGUUGGAACCUGUCAAACAAGAAUUGAAGGAUCCUACUUGGCAACAAUUGGUAUCAACGGCUCAUCAAAAGGACGUCGACUUGUGCGCACGUUACCUGUCUACUGCGAAAACUGAAGACAUCAGGUCUUAUGGGAUAUACGGUGUCACAAUAGCAGAAGUGGAAGUCGACGUGUUGACCGGACAACAUAUCGUGCAGAGGGUGGACAUAAUGGAGGACGCUGGGGUCAGUAUGAACCCGGAAAUUGAUUUGGGACAGAUAGAAGGCGCCUUCGUUAUGGGCCUUGGAUAUUGGACCAUGGAGGACUUGAUCUACGACCCGAAAACUGGCCAGUUGACGAAUUAUAGAACCUGGAAUUAUAAAACACCUGGAGCGAAGGAUAUUCCAGUCGAUUUUCGCGUCUAUUUCCGCCGAGACGCGCCCAAUCCGUCGAGCGUUCUCCGUUCGAAAGCAACCGGUGAGCCACCUCUCUGUAUGAGUUGCGUGAUACCAAUUGCAAUUCGCAAUGCACUAAACUCGGCGAGAAAAGAUGCUGGAAAUACAGAUGUAUGGUAUCAGUUGGACGGACCUGUCACUACAGAGAAGAUUUUAUUAAACAGUUUAACUACAAAGGAUCAGAUGUCUAUUUAAACUAAGAAUUGGUGUAUUUAUUAAACAAAGUGCUAAUGCACGGUGCUUCCAUAAAAUGAAAUAAACGAAGAGGAAGCGAGGAAGAUAGAGGUGAAACAAAGUGAAAAUAAAGUACUCUGUAAUUAACGAGGCGCAAUUGUAAAGAAAAGAUGGAUGAAAUAAAAGACAAGUUAUUAAU